UAGGAACUCUGGCGGAUCUGCUGUAGUUCCCUUCCCUCCCACCACACAUUCAUUCAGACCUACCAGAUCCCCAGGAGGACAGCACAGCAGAUACAGCUCAGAGUUUGUGUUCAGAGGAACCGUAGCUAAAAGUUACUCACUUCAAAACCAUGCAUCCAGCAACGGCGAAGUGGUACGACAGAAGGGACUACGUCUUCAUUGAGUUCUGUGUGGAGGACAGCAAGGAUGUGACAGUAAACUUUGAGACGGCCAAAUUUGGUUUCAGUUGUCUUGGUGGGACUGAUAACGUCAAGCAUUUAAAUGAAAUCGACCUCUUUGGAGCCAUUGAUCAAAAUGAGUCAAAGCACAGACGCACAGAUCGCUCAGUGUUGUGUUGUUUACGGAAAGCUGAGUCUGGGAAGGCGUGGCCGAGGCUAACGAAAGAGAAAGCAAAGCUCAACUGGUUAAGUGUUGACUUUAACAACUGGAAAGACUGGGAAGACGAUUCGGAUGAAGAGCUUUCCAACUUUGAUCGUUUUUCAGAGAUGAUGAACACCAUGGGCGGAGAUGAUGAACUACCAGACUUAGAUGGAGCAGAAGAUGGGGAGUCUGCAGAUAGUGAUGAUGAAAAAAUGCCAGAUCUAGAAUAGAGCUGUUCGUCUGCAGUGGAUGGAAGAAAGAAGAGUGAAACUGAAAGGCAGCCAAAAGAAGAAAUAUCAAGAGGAAGAGCUGGACUAAAAUCUGAUCUGUGGACAGAUUUUUAAUAUCUUUCCGUCCACUCUUAAGGCUACUCUUUCUCCAUGUGUGGACAGAGCCUCGUCUGAAGGUUAAUAUGCAUACUGUCUCCCAGCACCAGUGAGCAGCCCUGACCCGUUUUAAACUGAACCUCUCUGUGUGUGUCUGUAUGUUUUGUUCUGAGGAACUGCACUGUAUAUGUAUUUUUCAACAGAAAAGCAAUAUCUAAUGAAAUGGUGAGCAACACACAUGACAGUCGAAAGAGAAAGUAAAACCAUACAUCAAAACCCCCCCACACAUACUAACUAACACCUGUCCCAAGAUUUAUGUGUAGUGCACUCGUAGCAUAGAUUGCCCUGUAAAUUAAAGGAGAAUGAUAAAGGAUUUGAGAUGUUCUUAUAGGAAUCAUUCCCAGUUAUUUCUAUUAGAACUUUGUUAUGGUAGCUCUGUUGAUCACAAGUCACCCCCUGUAAUAAUCCUAUAUAUAUAUAUAUAAAGAUCAUUUAAUCUAAAAUCUUCAUAAAAUGGUGGUGUCUGUUGUGGAGUCACAGCUAUGUAAGCCUUUCGUCGUCAGUAUGGACAGUUGUAGAGAUAUAGAAGAAUCAUUUUUUAAUGUACGAUGGGAAUAUGGAACAUGGUGGAAGAUGUUAUACAAAUGUUAACAGAUGUCAGUUUUGGGUUUGAGCCAUUACUUCCAUACAAGUACGGGCCAAACACUUUACAUUACAUGUUUAUCUGGGUGUUGCUGGUUCUUUCUGAAAUGAGACUUUUUAAUUUGUUAAAUAUUUUUAAUAAAAUGCUUAAUGCGUUCA